AUGCCGCUGGUGCAGCGGACGGAGUGGCGUCCGAGACCGACGGUAUCGUUGGGGCAUGGUAACACUUGCAGCACAGGCUGCCAACCUGGCGCCAUUGCAGAUGUGUUUUUCAGCUGCUACGUGUCACCUCUCUGCCAGGAGUCAGCGCUGCUUUCCAUCUUCAAGCAGCUCACUGCCGAUCAACAGUGCGAUAUUCUCUCUAUGAUUGUGACGAAUGCAACACCUUUUUCAAAGACUCAGCUUGGCAGCUACGUGGAGGAGGCCCUCCGGAACGAUUCGUUUUCGCCAGUGCAUUGGGUGCGCCUUUCUACGAGACUACCAGAAAUCACUGAUAUGCCAUUGUUGCCUUGGGUGCGUAUCAUAGAGCGUGUGCUUUGCUCCUCCACAGUUCCCUUCUCGUCUCACGAUGACGCCUGCAGGUUCAUUGUGCGCGUGCUGGGCUGCAUGGAGGACCAGGGCAUCCCAACGGACACGAUCGCGCAAUGCCUUGAGAGGUGCGGUCUCUUCUAUGAAGCGUGCGCGUACGCUUCAUCGUCGUCAAACUUUGUCCCACCACCGACGCGACUGGCACCGGAUGGAGGGUGGGGGUACGGUGACGUAAUACACUCUAUGUGUGCGCUGCCUGAGCCACCGAUGCGGUGGUUUUCUGCAACACGCAGCGGCAUGCCUCCUGUUUUGCGUCGCUACUCGACCCUUGUCUUGCUACGAUCGGUUGUGCAGAAGUGGGGUGUGACGGACAACGGCCACAACGACCGCUGGCGGAGUUUUGCUGAAGCGUACAUGACGACGCUGGAGGCCGCGAGCGCCGUGCACUUCCUUUUCGGCGAAGGAAACGCUGUCACUGCGCGCUUUCUUCUGCCCCAAUGUCAUACCCAGCAACAAAUCGCGACGCUAAUGCGCUAUACAUGUCGCGUUAGCGUGGCUUUGGCCCUCGCGGGUUUGACGCGUUCCACGGAGCUGCGCACGGCACACCGCAGUCUCGCGCAUGUCCACCUUACGCACCGCAGGACGCAGCAAAAGGCGCACUUCAUCUUCUGGGCUCAGGCGGAGCGCUCCAGUGCUGCGAUUUCGAGCUGUGACGUGUCCGACGGCACCGCAGUAGCGCUCUUUUCAGAAACGCUUUCAUUCGGUAUCCUUGAUCGCGGCGUGUUGCGUCGGUGCCUGCGUGAGGUCCUCCCCGCUGCUGCCCUUGCCAAGGGUGACCGCUCUCUCGCACACCUGUUUGCGGCGAUUCCCGCGUCUGCCGUCGAACACGCUGUGAAUCUGUUGGGAACUGUGGAGAGCGACGCCCUCUCCUGGUGGGCGUUACUCUACAUAGAGGCCGGCAACUUCGAAGGUGCAUUUGCGGUACUGGAGGCGACGGCAGCGCGUGGGUGUCUGCCACAUAUGGGCGUGCUGGUGAUGCUACUUGAGGCACUGCUUGACGAUCGCCAGAACUUUCUGCGUGCCGUUACGCUACUGCACUCUUCAUUCUCACAAGUGUCGGAUACUGUUCUACGUGCGUUUGUUGAACGGACAGCUACGGGCAUCACCCAUACCACGCCCCUUACGCUUUCCACGAGACAUGCGAUGCAGGCGUUGACUACAUUGGGCCUGAUGGGCACGGCGCACCGUCCCGCCAUUACUCCAGACGCCACUGCUGCAGAUGACACGCCAAGCACAACAGCAUGCCUGCUCGCAUUUGCUGAGGUGGCAGAUAGCUUGAAGGUGCCAAUACCGCUGCACGUUGGCGCGAUAAAGGGUCUUAUUGCAGCGAACUUGAAGCUUGACUACGAUGUCUCGUUGACAGUGGACGUGGUGUCUGCUAGUGGCGAGAGCUGUUGGUCGUGGGCAUCGACGCCUGAGUGA